AUGCAUUCAGACAACAUGCAUUUUACAUUAAGAGAGGAAAUCAUAAUUUACACAGGAAUUUUUGUCUGUUCUUUAUUAAUUAUUCCUGUUGUGCUUUUAUCAGCCUCGUUGAAGCAUCCCGACGUUCACAACUUGGUUACAAUUGCUGAUCUUAAAUUAAGACAGAAGAUUUUAGACAACUUUUUUGAAAUUAUCGAAACGAAAAGGCUUCAAACCAAGGAAGCAAAUUUUUCUGGUUUGUCAAUAUUUAGAAAUUUCACAAUGACAGAUUUUGAGGAAUUUUCUAGUAGCCCUAAAAAGUUGCCGCGAAAAUAUUUAAGAAAUCUUUGGAAGAAGCGUGAUAAAAGCGUCGUGACAAAAGUAAGGAAUCAAUAUAAAUGUGGAAAUUGUUACGCUUUAGCUGUCAUUGAAACAAUCGAAUCAAUGCAUGCAAUAAGAACUGGAAAUUUAAAAGAAUUUAGUGUUCAGCAAAUGCUUGAUUGUAAUGAUUCAGAAAUGGGAUGUAACGGUGGAGAUUCAUGUCGUUUGCUUAGUUGGUUGCUUACAACUCAAACGAUUGUGCAGUCAAACGAUGAUUACAAAUCCUCAAAAUCAUUAGAAAAAUGUGAGUCAGUGAAGGAAACAUCAACAAAAAUAAAGGUCAAAGAUUAUUUAUGUGAUGACUUCACAAAUCGAGAAGAAUUAUUGUUGCUUUAUUUAGCUUACAAAGGUCCAUUAAUUGCUUCAGUCAACGCCUUACCAUUGCGAAAUUACAAAAGUGGAAUUGUUCAAAAUUACAAAUCGAAUAAGUCUGCAAAAAUUUUGAAUCACGCUGUACAAAUUAUCGGAUAUGAUUUGUCUGGUGACAGUCCUUUCUACAUCGUAAAAAAUUCCUGGGGAAAAAGUUUUGGUCUUUCAGGAUAUUUAAACAUAGCAAUAGGUGGAAAUAUUUGCGGAAUUGCACAAAGAAUUUCUGCAAUAAUUCUUUAA